ACAACUGGGCCGUGGAGGAGGUGAUCCGCAUCCCGCCCAAGGACGUGUCGGGCUGGAUCAUGCCCAAGAUGCCAGCCUUCAUCGCCGACCUGGUCAUCAGCCCGGACGACCGGUUCCUGUUCGUGUGCAACUGGCUGCACGGGGACAUCCGGCAGUACGAGCUGGCCAGGAACUGCAAGCCGCGGCUGGUGGGGCAGGUGUUCGUGGGGGGCAGCAUCCUGCGAGGGGGCCCCGUGACCGUGUGCCGGGACGAGGAGCUCAAGUGCCAGCCCGAGCCGCUGGUGGUCAAGUGCAAGCGCGUGUACGGCGGCCCCGCCUCGCUGCAGCUGAGCCUGGACGGGAAGCGGCUCUACGUGACCAACUCCUUCUACAGCACCUGGGACCGGCAGUUCUACCCCAGCCUGCUCAAGGAGGGCUCGGUGAUGCUGCAGCUCGACGUGGACACGGACAAGGGCGGCCUGGCCGUGAACAAGAACUUCCUGGUGGAUUUCGGCAAGGAGCCCCACGGGCCGUGCCUGGCGCACGAGAUUCGCUUCCCCGGCGGCGACGCCAAAUCCGUGACCCUGCCCUGAGCCAGCCCGGCAGCGCCGCGGGACCCGGGGCUGUGGAGUGCCCUGGGGGAUGGCAUUGGGACUUUGGGGUGCCCCGGGUGACGGGAUUGGGGAUUUGGGGUGCCCCGGGUGACGGCAUUGGGGGGGAUUGGGGUUUUGGGGUGCCCUGGGUGAUGGUUUUGGGGGGGAUCAGGGCUUUAGGGUCCCCUGGCUGAUGGGACCAGGACUGUGGGGUGCCCUGGGUGAUGGGAUUGGGACUUUGGGGUGGCCUGAGUGAUGGGAUUGGGGGGUUUGGAGUUUUGGGGUCCCCUGGCUGAUGGGAUCGGGGCUUUGGGGUGCCCCGGGUGAUUCAGGGCUUAAGGAUCCCACGGGGGAUUCCUGCUUUGGGGUCCCCUCGGGUGAUUUCAGGGUUCGGGAUCCCCCGGGCCAUUCCCGGCCAUCCCUGCCCUGUCCCCAUCCCUGCCCUGUCCCCACCCCUGCCCUGUCCUGUCCCUGCCCGGCUCUGCUUUCCCUGCCAUCAAUAAAGUUGUUUCCUGCAUCAGCUGCAGCUUCCCGAGGCUCAUUCCCGGGAGAAGCCCGGGACAAACAAACCCCGGGGCCGAGGGCGGCGGCGGGGCCGGGCACGGGCGGGGCGGGGGCUGCGGGAAGGGUCCGGGAGGAAUUCCCGGCGCUGCCUCUGCUCCCGGGGCUCUGCUUCCAGCUGCCGAUUUUAUCCCGG